GAAAACUUCUGUUUGCCUUAAUUUUGCUUAUAACUAUGUAUAUAUAUAUUGGACGAGAAGCUACUGUUGAUGUAAUUCAGAAAGGUCGAAAGAACCAUAAAAAUCUCCACAUUAAUGCAUCCGCCAAAGCGACUGCUGCCCCGCCCACUCAAACGACUGCCUCGUAUAGCGUCUUUAACGUUUUUGAUCAUGUGUGCAAAAUACCAAGAAUCGAUCCAUUCUCCCCUGAUGUCAUGGCCAUUUUUGAGCCUCCCAAGCCCAAGACCUGUACGGAUCAGCCCGGUCUAUUCACUGUUCGAUAUAAUAAACACCAAAAACUAUAUCUAUUGCGCUUUAAUAAAUCUCUAUUCGUGGAACUAUUUCCAAGUGUGAUCCACUAUGCGUGCGUCUUUUACGAGAUCAUUAGUGGAACAAGUGAUAAGCCCAUCUGGAACAAGGGAUCACCAUUUACUUGUAGUGACCGGAUCGUGCCCCGUUCCAUUCAAGGAAUUGUCGUGGAGUGCUUUCAGUUAGGCAACAGGUCUCGAGUCCUGCAGCGCGAUGCAUUCUCUUUUGUCCAGCAUCUAGUCGGAAGGAACGAAACGAACGAUGAGAAGCGCAGUCGGGCCUAUCCUAGUGUCAUAAUGUUGGGCAUUGACUCCAUGUCUCAGAUGAACUUUCAGAGAACGAUGCCACUGACUGCAAAGUUUGUGAGGCAGCCAGGGUGGACUGAGAUGCUUGGCUAUACUAGCGCUGGAGAUAAUAUGCUCUACAAUCAAAUUAUUUUUCUCACCGGUCGAGCACUGGCACAAUUGCAGCACUUUUGCGAUAUGGCAAAACCAAGUUGCUUGGACGCUUUAAAUUACCUGUGGAAUCAUUUUCACAACUCGGGAUAUGUGACUGCCUAUGCGGAAGACUCUCCUUCCUUACCCUUUACGCGCAAGCCCGUGGAUUACUAUCUCUAUCCCAUUCUGAAAGUGUUUAAGGAAAUUAUGGAAGAAGAAGGGCGUGGUCAGGGGGACUCUGACUACUGCCUGGGUCGGAGAGAAAGUUUCCACUAUGUUUUCGAGUCUUGCCUGCAGUUGGUACAGCGAUUYAUGAAUGAGACGCACAAGCCGCUCUUCGGACUCUACUGGACAAAGACCUUCAGCCAUGAGGACUUUAGCGCAGCGGCACGAGUGGAUAGGGAUUUCGUGAGGUAUCUUGAGCUGUACAGGGAGCACGGCUUAUUCGAUAAGGCAGUUGUCAUCUUGUUCAGCCUCCAUGGACAGCGCAGGGGACCUUUGAUGCGGUUGGCCUCGGGCUUUCUGGAAGAGCGUUUGCCCAUGUUGCACAUCUAUUUACCGCCUUGGUAUCGGAAACAGUAUCCAGACGUCAGAAACGCGCUUGAGGUGAAUCGUCGUCGGCUGUGCUCCCCAUAUGAUUUGCAUUUGACGCUUAAGAAUCUGCUCGUGCAGGGGCAAUCGGGUCUCAAAUUCAAUUCAUCCUGCGCGAAAUGCCAAUCGUUAUUCGAACCAUUGCCAGUCAAUCGCAGCUGCGAGGAUGCUGCCAUACCGGAGCACUGGUGCACCUGUGACUCGUAUGUGCAGGUGCGCAUCAGCAAUGUUUUGAUCUAUUGGGCCAAAACAAUUGUCUAUCGCAUCAACGAAUAUCUGGCUAGCCACAAUUAUGCAGCGAAAUGUGUUCGCUUAAAGCUGGCCAAAUUGCUGAGGGCCGAACGCAAACAGAUCUUCGAUGAUGACGGCAACCCUGCGAUGUCGUCCCAGAGAAUUCAAACUUUUCGUAUCAAGUUCGUCACUCGACCAAAUGGAGGUUUGUUUCGUGCCACAUUUCAGACCGACUCGCAGAACCAUGUUUUGGUACAGGAGGAGUUCAUAACACGAUUGAAUUCGUAUCGCAAUGAGUCGUUCUGUGUCUCCGAACACGUUGCCCAGAAGUUUUGCGCUUGUUUCGAGGCUAAUCGAACAUUUUCGAUUGAUACCAUUAAUGUGAACGACCCAGGAACUCCAUGUUAA